CCAUACAAAAAUGUAGAGUGCUAUAUUUAAUAAGCAAUACAAUUAAAUGAAUUUUUUUUUAUUCUCUUCAAUUCUUGACCGCAGAUAUGCGCGACUGUUGCUUCGUUUAACGAAAUAGACGUAGUGUUAAAUGAUAUGUCCCCAUUGAUUGCCGAUUCAAUUGCAACAAUACAAUUAAUAAAUACUGCGACGAAAACGGAAAAGGUAUUGAACUGUUAUAUGGUAUUGCUUAUAGAGUAAAAUUAAUUUCAGUAUAAUAUAUUAGAUAUGUUAGCGUUAUUGUCGAUUUAUUUCAAUUUAAAAAUGAAGGAAAGGCAGACAUAACUUAUGUUAUUAUACGAUUGAAGUUAAUACAAAAGGAAAAAUUGUUAACCACAGAUGAGAGAACUUCUAAAUCGUGUGCAAAUAGAUUAUGCUUUAUUCACUACAGAUGGUGAAAUGAAAAUCAUACUCGAGUAUGCCGAAGAUGGAAGAAAAUUUACUAUUAUUUAUAUAGGUUUUUUUCUGGUGUCAAUGCUUAUUUUUAUAAUUCCACCAUUGAGAGCUAUUAGUAUGAGUAGCAUAAACGGUACGAUAGAACGACCAUUUGUUCAUCACGUUGAAUAUUUUGUUGACUCUCAAACAUUUUAUUAUCCUAUUAUAUUACACUCUUGCGUAACUAUCUUUAUCUGUGUUUACGUAAUCGUUACCGUCGACACAAUGUUUGUGCUAUUGGUGCAACAUGCUUGUGCAUUGUUUAAAGCCUUAGGAUAUCGACUACACUAUAUAAUCGAAAAUGGUGACGAUAUUAUGGUGAUAGAUUUGAAUCCUUCAAAAUCAAAUGAUAAAUCUUAUCGGAAUAUUUCCGAAUGCGUUCGUAGACAUCGAGAUGCAAUAGAGUUUGCCAAUCUUUUGGAAUCCUAUUACUCUACGUCCCUUUUUCUUCAAGCAGGAUUCAACAUGAUUGAACUAAGUAUCACAGUCUUUCAGGCUACGAUAAGUGUGAACGAAACUAAAGAGCUUUUUCAACAAGUGUCUGUUUGUUACUCGACAUUAACUCACAUCUUGUUCCAAUGUGUAAACGGUCAACGUGUUAUCGAUCACAGCAAUCAAAUGCACGAGCAUCUAAUAAAUAUGAAGUGGUAUCAUACAUCAUUACGCACAAGAAAAGUGAUUUAUCUCAUGCUAAUUAGAUCACGAGUAUAUUGUGUGCUAACUGCUGCAAAAAUGUUUAACAUGUCUAUGGAAACAUUCAGUACUAUUUGUGCUAUUUUUACUUCACUUGAUGAUAUAAAUGUUAUACUAGGGGACUUGGCACCAUUAUUUUCCGAUUUUUCUUCAGCAAUUAAAAUAAUUAAUAUUGCAGUUCAAACGGAAAAGAUGAAAACAAUUCUAAAUCGUAUAGAAACGGAUUAUAGUUUUUUCACUACAAAUAGUGAAAAGGAAAUUAUGUCGACAUAUGCCGAAAAUGGGAGAAAAUUUACUAUUUACUGUACAGCCAUUUUUUUUGUGGCAAUGCUACGUUUUAUGCUUGUACCACUGAAGGGAAUUUUUACUAAGGUGAAUGAUACGAGUGAACGACUAAUGUUACAUCACGUUGAAUAUUUUGUAGAUAUUCAGAAAUAUUAUUAUUUGAUUAUUUUCCAAACUUACGUUGUUUACUUUAUCGUUUGUUUCUCGUUUGCUAUGGUGGACACAUUGUUUGUGAUGUUCGUGCAGCAUAAUUGUGGAUUAUUUAAAACAUUAGGGUAUCGACUUUCUCAUUUAAUUGAUGAGAAAGUCUUAGAUGAUGAUGUCUUAAAUCCUUCGGAAUCAGAAGAUAAAUACUAUAAAGAUAUUUCCUUAUAUGCCCUGAGACAUCAGAAAGCAAUAGAGUUUGCUGAACUAUUGGAUUCAUUUUAUUCCAAAACCUUCUUUAUGGUAUCAGGACUUAGCAUGCUUCGAAUAAGUGUUACUGGUCUGAAGGCUGUAAUGAAUGUCAACAAUUUUAAACAAUUUAUUCAAGACAUGUUUAUUUGUUACACGGCUUUAAUUCAUGUCUACUUUGAAUGUAUGAACGGUCAACGACUUAUCAAUCAUAGUAGUGAAAUGCACGAACAUCUAAUAAAUACCGAGUGGUAUCGUACAUCUUUACGAACAAGAAAAGUAAUCGCUUUGAUGACACUUAGAUCAUUGAAACCUUCUAUACUAACAGCUGCAGGACUAUUAAACGUAUCAUUGGAAACUUUUAGCUCUAUUGUUCGUACCUCGAUUUCAUACUUCACUGUUAUGCGAUCUUUUCAAUGAAAAUUUGAAAUAUGGAAUUCUAUCAUUAAUCGCUAAGAUACAGAAUAACACAUCUACCCACCAAUUAAUUUAAAAAAAAUGGUAUUGUC